CAAAGACUAAUGUCAUUAAGUAAUAAUCCUCUUUUACUGGGAAGUGUGGAACAAAAUUUCAAAAGUAUUUACAGAAUAUUACAAGAACUAUCGUAAACGAUCUCAAAUAUAACCAAGUUUACUUUGUGUAAGAUUUAAAUAGUUGGAAUUUGUACAGUUUGCAGAAAGAAUCGUUCAAUUAUGAUUAAUUUAGAAGAAUUGGAUAUGAAGUCUUCUCGAUCAACUUCGUCACAAAAUUCUAGAAGAAAUGCUAGAAAAAUAAACAGUGAUUCAUCUGAAACAAGUAAUAGUGAUAGUGAAAAUGAGAAAUCAUUUAACAACAUGGAUAGUGCUAAGGCAGAACGAUUAUUUUCUCAUCGUAAAUUUAAUUUACAAAAAUCAUUAUUUAAUAUAUCUUACUUAUCAGAAUCGGAUAGUAUACUUGAAAUUAGCAAUAAACCUGAUGAAGAUUUAAAGGAUGACAAUGUUUCAAGAAACUCUACUUCACAUAUAUUGAGUGACAUUUCUCCAUGUAAAAAUGAGGAUGAUAAAGUUGUAAAAAAUAAAGAUAAUUCAGAACAACUUAAUUCAUUGGAUAAUGAAUCACUUAUUUCAACUCCUAGGUGGCGAUCAAAUAAAAAAAACUUGUUUUUGGAUUCAAGUGAUGAGUCUAGUAAAGAAGAAAAAGAAAUGUCAAGCCAUACUAGCAAAGAAAGCUGUGCAAUUUUAGAAUCAGAUACAGAUGAUGAUAUUAUAAAUUCAUCUAAAGAAAUUUGCUCAACGCCUAGCAACAAAAGUUGUAAAAUAGAAGACCAGUUAAAUGAUUUAUCCUUAAUUGAACCUUCCAGUUCUGAUAUUGACUUUACUAUUAACAAUAAAUCUAUUAUCUCUUCAUCUAAUAAAAGUCGACCAUUUUUCGAAGACCUACAAUUAGCUAAUUCUGUUUUAGAAGAUCACAAUCCUAUUUCUAAUAGCAGUAUAUUAGUUCGUCCACAUUUAAAAAACAAAAUCAAUGAGUGUACUAGUAACAAAAAUAUUGAUGUUAUCACUUUAGAUGAUGAAAGUCCAUGUAAACAGUAUAGUCCUGAAAAUAAGUCUAUACCUAACAUUGAUUUAACCAUUGAAAACAAAAGUUAUUCAUCAUUAGAAUCUAAACCAUCUGCAGAUUUAUCAAAAAAAUUAACAAGUGAACGCUACAAAUCUUUACAAAUGGAAAAAAAAAAGUUGGAAGAAAAUAUUUUUCAAUUUACAAAAACAGUUAAUAAAUUGAAAAAUACUAUGGAUAACGCAAAUUUAAAUCUAUUACCUGAUGGAGGCCUCAGGUUAAAAAAUGCAAUUGUAAAAGAAGAAAAUCAGCUAAAAUACACAAGAAUGCAGUUAGAAAAUGUACUACUACUACUCAAAGAUUAUGCAGAUUCUCCAAUUUCCAAGUAUGUUGAAAGUCCAUCAUCUUCUCAAAAUAUUCAAAAAUCUAACUCGACUAAUAUUAAUGCAGCAUUAACAAAAAAGGCUGCAACUAAUAUAGAUGUUCAAGCUAUGGGCGAUAAAGCUUUGAGUACUUAUCGAGCACAACAAGCAAUGACAUUAGAUGUUCUAAAUACACUCCAUAAAUCCCUAGAGUCCUGUCCAUCUCCAGAUAUCCUAGCAGAUGAUCCAGCAGGGUUAAAAGUAGAACUUAUGCCACAUCAAAAACAUGCAAUUGCUUGGCUUAUAUGGAGAGAAAACCAAAAACCACAUGGUGGUAUUUUAGCUGAUGACAUGGGUCUUGGUAAAACAUUGACAAUGAUAUCUCUAAUAUUAAAAUGUAAAGAAACGCAGCAAUAUGGCGAUACUGAUACUGAUUCUGACAUAGAAGAUUUAACUGAUUCAUCUAAAGGAAAUGUUAUUAAAGGCGGAACACUUAUAAUUUGUCCUUCAUCAUUAAUAAGUCAAUGGCAAAAUGAAGUGAAGAAUAAAUUACGGUCUAGAAUGCUGGAGACAGUACAAUAUUAUGGAUCAAACAGAGAAACUUCAGCAAGAAAAUUGUGCAGAAUGGAUAUUGUAAUAACAACUUACCACACUGUAAUGUGGGAUUAUAAGAGUCAUCAAAAUACAAGUCCACUUUAUCAAAUUAAAUGGAAUCGAAUUAUUUUGGAUGAAGGCCAUACAAUUCGAAAUUAUAAAAGUCAAACCUCUAUUGCUGCAAGUGCUUUACGUGGUAUUAACCGUUGGGCUUUAUCGGGCACUCCUAUUCAUAAUAAAGAAGCCGAUUUUUAUGCAUUAUUAAAAUUUAUUAAGUGUCGUCCAUUUGAUGAUUGGGCAGUAUGGAAACGAUGGGUUGGAAAUAAUGAUGUAGCUGGAAAAAAUAGACUUCAAUUAUUAGUAAAAUCAUUGAUGUUAAGAAGAACAAAAGCUGAACUUAGUAAAGCUACAGCUUUUAAAUUACCGGAAAAAAAAUUUCACACAAUACAUGUUGAACUUUUUAAAGAAGAAAAAGAAGCUUAUGAAAAAGUGCUUGAGUUUUCAAGUUCACUAUUUGCUUCGUAUUUAUAUGAAAAAGCGGAAAAAGAAAAUGCUGUUAAUCGAGGUUUUCCUGUUCAAAAUAAAAUAAAAUAUGUUCACCAACGAGAUAUGAAUGAAGAUAUAUUUAAAGAUCACCCUGAAUUAAAUAAGUUGUUUAAAAAAUUGAAGGACCGAAAAGACAUUCAAGCUCAUCAUAUUUUGGUAUUAUUAUUACGAUUGAGACAACUAUGUUGUCAUCCAUGCCUAAUGAAGAGUAUGUUGGAAGGGGAUAAUCUUAAAGCGGAUGGUAUUCAGAGUACUGAGGACUUAGAGUUAAUUGAUCAUAUGAGUCGCAUGUCCAUAGGAAUACCUAAUGCAAAUCAAACACCUUUAACUGAAAGUAAUCCUAUUUUUAAUGAUUCAUGGAUUAGUUCUAAGAUAAAAAAUGUGUGUGAAAUGGUUCAUGAAAAAGUUUUAGAUACUGAUGACAAAGCCAUUAUAGUGUCCCAAUGGCCAAGUAUGUUACAACUUAUUGGUAAUGAACUAACAAAGUAUAAAGUGAAGACAGAGUUGUUUUCGGGUGCUGUACCAAUUCCACUUAGAAAUAAAAUUGUUACAGAAUUCAAUAAUUCUCAAAGUGGUCCAAAAAUCUUAUUGCUGUCAUUAACUGCUGGUGGUGUAGGAUUAAAUUUAGUUGCAGCCAAUCACUUAUUUUUAGUGGAUGUACAUUGGAAUCCUCAACUUGAAGCUCAAGCCUGUGAUCGAAUCUAUAGAGUAGGCCAAACAAAACCUGUUAACGUUUACAAAUUUAUCUGCUCUAAUACUAUUGAAACAACUAUUCAGUCAAUUCAAUCAAAUAAAUUGGAAUUGGCUAAUAACCUUUUUGGUGGCUGCAGUAAUGUUGAAGCGACUAAGAUAACAUUAGAUGAUCUAAAAGAAAUAUUUAAUAUUAACCCUAAUAGAUCAAAAUAAAAUAAAUUUUUAUCUAUGUUGAUAAUUUAGUAUGUAUAUUUAUUUUAUGUACAAUAUUUUGUUGUUAAAAUUGUAUCUUUGUAAUUACUAUUUUAUCUUUGAACAUUGCUACAUUUUAUAAUCAAAAAUUCAUAGUAUUUUUUUAGUAAUUAAAAGAAAAUUAUUUUAUUAUUUAAAACAAUACAAUAAUUAUUCAUGCACAUAAUUUUUCAUUAGAUAUUUGACUUAUAUGUAGUUUAUAGUUGUUUUUUAUUAUUUAUUACUAAAAUAUACAGAUUAAACGAGAACAUGGAAUCAAUAACUUGUUGAUUUUGAGGUUAAUUACUCAGGUUUUUAUUUGCAAUUUUAUUAUGUCAGAUACAAAUACAUUCAUUUUUUGAAGUCAUA